AUGGCGACUGAUUUAGGCAAAGCUAAAGGUAGACUCGCCGGUCUUUCAGCUUAUUUAAAAAUUCUUUUACAAGAACUAGACCAAUAUGUUUCUUCUGAAGACUGUGAGCAAGCGAAACUUUUGGGGUUGAGAAAUACUGUUUCGAGUAUUCUUGAACAAUUGGCUGUUGUUCAUAAUGAAAUUAUUAACAUGCUUGAUCCAAAAGAAAUAGAGGCUGCAGUUGUCGAACAUAUGAAAGA